ACUUCCGCCGCCGGGCCAGGCCCCGCCCCGCUCGCCCGGCAUCGCGGAGCGGCGGAAUCAAGAUGGAGGAGUAUGCGCGCGAACCUUGCCCCUGGCGCAUUGUGGACGACUGUGGUGGGGCCUUUACGAUGGGAACCAUAGGUGGUGGGAUCUUUCAAGCAAUCAAAGGUUUUCGCAAUUCUCCGGUGGGAGUAAACCACAGACUACGAGGGAGUCUGACAGCUGUUAGAACCAGGGCUCCACAGUUGGGAGGCAGCUUUGCCGUUUGGGGAGGCCUGUUUUCCAUGAUUGACUGCAGUAUGGUUCAAGUCAGAGGGAAAGAAGACCCCUGGAACUCCAUCACGAGUGGUGCCUUAACAGGAGCCAUCCUGGCAGCAAGAAACGGACCAGUGGCCAUGGUUGGGUCAGCCGCGAUGGGUGGCAUUCUGCUAGCUCUCAUCGAAGGAGCUGGUAUCUUGUUGACAAGAUUUGCCUCUGCCCAGUUUCCCAACGGUCCUCCGCUUGCUGAAGACCCCUCCCAGUUGCCUUCAGCCCAGCUACCAUCCUCACCUUUCGGGGACUACCAGCAAUACCAGUAGGGCCUCUCCCCCAGGACUUCUGUAACAGAGUGAGCUGCGGUUCAAGGAAGGAUUUCAGAAGAUCAAAUUCAGUCUGUUUUGAAAACUGUAGGUGGGACAACUAUGGCCAAAUAGGCUGUGAAGAGACAUUUAGCACAUUUUUCUAUUUAAAGGAACGUGGGGGGGGGGCGGGGGAGGGUCUUAAAAGAUAAUACAUUUAUUUAUUCACACUUGGAUUGCGUUUGUGAUCAAAAUAAAUGUCUGAAAUCUUUAGAAGGAAAAGCAGUAAGUGCUUGAAGGACCAGUGGCAAACGGCAGUGAAGCAUGACCAUCAUUUCCUCGGGGACCUCUCUGCCUGGUUUUGUUCUGUUAGUCAAACAAUAAAAAACGCCAGGAGAUUGCUCUUUCUAUUAAGAUAAGUUGCAGAGUUCUACUUUUCAUCCUUGAAUUCAAAUAAUGCAGAGUCCGUUGAAAGUUGCACGUGGUACAGUCUCCAGGGAUUGGUCCACAGCAAACACUUCCGGGCUGGAGGGCUGCAGGAAAGUGCUUAGCCUUCUCCUUGUGAGUAAAAAACACUCCACGUCUUGGUUUCGAGGGUGUCGGAUACAAAACCCUCUUCACCUCUGAGGCUACUGUGUCUUGAUUCUUCAUCAUCAGAAAAGCUUCCUUCCGGUAUACCCAGUUCCGUAUGAGAAGGUUCCUGGAGGGUGUAACAGCCCUGGAAAAGUUUGGCGUUUAUGGUGUGCUGGCAAGUACAAUACAUGCUGUUGUUCCUGUGUUGCAAGUCCCCUGAAGCUGAUCUUCGUCGAGGGUGUGUUUUGGGGUAUGGCCGGGUCUGGAAAAUGGAUGAGCAUUUCGGAAUAGGCCAUUUUACUGGCUGUGCUGAGAUGCCAUGCGGCCUUACGGGAGGCAGGCUGUUACGCCCCGUUUACCUGCCUCUGUGAAACGGAGAGCAAAUCGUGUGGGUGUGGUGAGCACAUGCAUGUUUUGGCCCAAUGCCGCGUACAUAGUAAGCAUUUAAUUUACUAAUGCUGGUUUGAUCUUCCUUUGUGUGGUAAAAUAUACGGGAAAUCAUAUUUAUCAUUUUAACCAUCUGUAAGUGUACAGUUAGUGGAAUUUACAUACAGUGUAACAGUCACCAUCGUGUAUCCCAAAACUUCCUCCUCGUCACCAACAGAAACUCCCCAUCCCACCUUCCCCCAGCUCCUGGUAACCGCAGUUCUACUUGCUGUCUCUGAGUUUGCCUGUUCUGGGUACCUCGUAUAAGUGGAACCGUACGAUAUUCGUCCUUCCGUGUCGCUCUUAUUUCGUGGAGCAUCGUGUUUCAAGGUCCGUCAGUGGUGUAGCAUAAACCAACGCUUCGUGCGAUGGCUGAGUAAUGUUGCAUGGUAUGCAGAGAUCCCAUUUUAUUUCUCCAUUCCUCCAUUGAUGGACACUUGGGCUGUUCACACCGUGUGACUUGUGAAUAACAUGGGCAUACAAAUACCUGUUUGAGUCGCUGCUUUCAGUUCCUUUGGGUGUAGACCUAGGAGUGGCGUUGCUGGGGCACGUGGUAGUUCUAUGUUUAACCUUUGGAAGAAGCACCAAACUUUUCCACAGCGCUGCACCAUUUGACGUUUCCACCAGCAGUGCACGAAGGUUCCCAUUUUUCCACAUCCUUGCCGACACUUUUAUUUUCCUUUAAGUAAAAACAUUAUGGCCAGUCUGGCAUGUGUGACUAUCUCAUUGUGGUUCUGAUUUGCGUUCUCCCGAAGUACUGCGCUUAUUGGCCAUUUGUGAGUAUUGGGGAUUUGUCUUUCAGUCUGUAGCUCUUCUGACUUCCAGGAGUAAAUGUAAGGAGAUGUUAUCAGAACAGUGGAAAGCUGAGGGCGUGUUGAAUCGCAGAUGAAAUGCUUUACAUUUCGUAAGGUCUCCUAAACUUCCUCUUAAAGGCUUAUUGGUUUGGAAAGUAAGUUCCUUUCUUGGGAAUUCGGAGUCUGUGGCGGGUGUGUGUGUGUGUGAUGCUGGCGUGUUUUUGCCAUUUUAUUGGUUAACUCAGCAUAUCUGAAGCAAUCCUUGGUUACAGAUGAAUUUUCUGGAACGAGGGGUUGGGGGGGAAGAGAAGCAGCUUGAAAAAGAUGGAAAGCCAGUUCUUUUUGAAGAACUUGACAUUUAGUUCCACAAUAUGUGGGACGGCAGGUAGAAACCCCGAAAACCUUUCCGGUUGUUUCCCUGCUUCUUGGCCCUCUCCUCCUUGGUGGAUGCCCCCUUCCUCCGUCCCGCACUUAGGAGAGCUGCUGCUCCCGGGGAAAGCCUGGCUGCCCACCUACCUGCCGGGGCUUGGCCUGAGCGGAGUGGCUCCGUCUCCGUGAUGUGUCUAGCGUGGAGAUGGGGGGCUGGUGAGGAGAGAGAAAGGGGAACGCAAACUUCAUGCCUCUGAUUUUCUACUGGAAGCCUCGUGCCAUCUGCAUUUCCGGUCACAGGUGUUUCUUAACCGCCCAAGAACGUCCUCGUGUGCUGUGUCCUCUGCCUGCCCCUGUUUGUCCAGCGGGCUGGUUCCUGGUGGUCUGGGGACCAGCUCGAGUGCCCCUGCAGCCUCCCGUCCCCUCUCCGUGUUCUGUUGUCACUGCACAGCAGGAGGAGGUGCUGAGCGGUUUGUUUUGUUUUGUUUUCUCUCCCCCACCUUUUCCCCCAACAUUUUUUCAAUGAAAAUAUCAAAACUGUAAAGUUGAGGUUCAUAGUGAACAUACAUAUACCCAUCACCUAGAUUCUAUGAUUAACUUUACAUUACUUUACCAUUGUGUAGCUGUUCACCUAUCACCCGUUUCCUAAUAAAAUUGAAAUUUAUGAAAUCCACUGAUAAGCUUUAUAAGAUGUGAUUAAAAAAAUUUUUUAUUGGAGUAUAGUUGAUUUACAAUGUGUUAGUUUCGGGUGUGAAGUAAAAUGAAUCAGUUAUACAUGGAUUUUUUUUUUAAGUUUAGCAAAUAAUAGAAACCAGGUAGUUUAGAUUCUAAUAAAUAUCUUAAAAUACCUAUUUUGAGAUGUUUAAUACAUAUUCUAAAACUACUUUUGGUGUACAAGAACCCAGAAUAAAAGGUAAGAUCACGAAAAUUGUUUUAAUUACCAAGAUAAAUGCAGAAACAAGCAGAUAGGAAGGAAUUUUUCCCUAGGUCUUUUUCUGGAAUAAUGGAGUGGUUUCCUCAGUUUCAAGGUUGAAAUGCUCAUCAGAAAGAUCCCAUCUGCUUCUCCCUUUUUUCCUUAGUAUCUGACACUUUGUGUGAAAUUGGCCUGAAAUAGUGAAUUUCUGAGUCAGGGUUGGAACGCGUGGGUUACAGCUGCAUCUGUUGAAAGCCUGUCUGUUUUCUUAUAUGAAAUGUCUGCAGAUUGUGACGGCGUGGUCACAGCUCCACCCGGUGGUGCAUUAGUUUCAGAACACAGUACUUUUGCUGCUGGUUUUGCUUUGUACAGUACGCUAUCUUUUAGAGCAAAAGUCAACCACCUACGGCUCAAGGGCCACAUUUACCCGGCUGCCUCUUUUUGUAAGGCCUGUGACUGAAGAAUGGAUUUAAAAUUUUUCUAAUGGUUGAAAAAAAAUCAAAAGAAGAAAAAUGUUUCAUGGCACAUGGAAAUGACACGAAAGGAAGAUUCCGGCGUCCAUAAAUACAGUUCUGUUGGUGCACAGCCACACCAGGUCUUCACGUUUUAUGAGCGACUGCCCUCAUACGACACAGCAGAGUUAAGCGGCCGCGUCAGAGACCUCGGGGCACACAACUCCUGAGAUGUUUGCCCUUUAGAGAAAAAAAAUUGCUGACCUCUGUUUUAGAGCAAUUAAAAAUAAAAAGAUUUAUUUUAUCUAAACUGA